AUGAUGUCCAAGGAGGACGAAGAAGCGUUCGAGGCAGGUUUAAGCAAAGUGGACGAAGUAAUGAGAAUACUCAACCUGAUGACCAGUGGUGACAAAGCCAAGGAACAAAUGGGUGUCGCGUUCGCCGAUCAAUUUCUUGGCACCGACAAUGCCACAAAGCGAAAGGAGGAGACGAAUGUGGAAAACUUUAUCGUGCGCGUCAACCAGGAACGGACGGUUAUCAACACAGCCGACGAUCCGCCACUCGAGCAACCGAUGCAGGACAAAUAUGCGUUUAUGGCCGAAAUUGAACGCGAUGCGGCCAGACGUGCGGCGGAACGACGCGAACGGGAACAGGUUGCCCAAGGAUUACGGCGGGCCGGUAAUCGAGCCUUUCGACGUGGCGAGUACGAACAAGCGAUCAACAUGUACUCGAAAGCAAUCGAUCAAAUCCGCGACAGCCCAAUACUGUACAACAACCGUGCGUUGGCCUACGUUCGGAUUGAGCUGUACAAACGCGCGAUCAUUGAUUGUGACUUUGUGCUGAGUAAGCUGGACGAGAAAAAUUUACGCUCGUGGAUCUUCCGCGCCCAAGGCUAUUACAGGCUGGGUGAAAUGAAGGCCUACGAGAAAAGUGUCGCCGAGGCGCGAAAGCACAAUCCCCGAGAGCUACCGUACAUUGAUCGGAUUGUGCGAGAAAUCGAGGGCAGAUCAGGGGCGACGGAAGUAGUAGUGGUGGGAGAUGCCCAAACGGAAGUGACUGGUGCUGAGCAAACGGGAGAAUCCACAGAUCAAGCGUCCGGUGCGAUGGCCCAGGAUCGCUUCAUCACGAAACCUUUACCCAUGGACGACGUACAAUCCACUUCAUCCGGAGAACUUUCGGAAGGUUAG